AUGGCCCCGAGCAAGGUUGCUGCUGGAAUGAACGGCCAAGCGAACAGGGCCAACAUCGCUAAGAGCAGCACACUGGUUCCCGCCACUGCAGCCGAUACGACUAGCCACGACGAGUUUGCGCCCUCUGGAUCAGAGCAGUGGAUGAGGGAGAGGGCAGAGCUGCUCAAGGGGCAAGUUCGUCACCUGUUCAAUGCCAUCUUGGAGGCCUUAGAUGUAGCUGAUUUGGUGACAUAUGUCGACACGCUUGAACGUCUUGGCUUAGAGAACCACUUCCGCGAGGUCAUCGGAGUUGCAUUAAAUCGAAUCCGAGCAGAAGAGCCCGAGUCACACGGCCUACACAUUGUUGCACUCCGGUUUCGCCUACUUAGGCAGCAUGGGAUCUGGGUAUCUUCAGAUGUUUUCGACAAGUUCAGAGAUCAAACGUGCCGUUUUAGCUCGAGCCUUUGCAGUGACGACCCUAGCGGCCUGUUGAGCUUGUACAAUGCAGCUCACAUGGCAGUUCCAGGUGAGGUGGUUCUCGAUGAUGCCAUCACCUUUGCGAGGGGCCACCUCAUGGACAUCAAAGGCAAGGUCAAGUCACCAAUAUCAGACCAGAUCUCACGUGCCCUCGACAUUGCCCUCCCAAGGUUCACCAGACGGCUGGAAACCAUGCAUUAUAUUACAGAGUAUGAGCAUGAAGAGGCGCACAACAGCCUGUUACUUGAGCUUGCUAGGCUGAACUUUAUCCUUGUGAGAGCCCUUCACCUCAGGGAGUUGAAGGACCUGUCAUUAUGGUGGAGGGACCUUUAUGACACUGUGAAGCUUAAAUACGCUCGGGACCGGAUGGUGGAGAUCUACUUUUGGACCUGUGGCAUGCUGCAUGAGGAGGAGUACUCCCUGGGCCGGAUGUUUUUUGCCAAGACAUUUGGAAUGGUGUCACUGAUGGACGACACAUUUGAUGUUCAUGCCACUUUAGAGGAGUGCCACAAGCUCAAAGAAGCUAUGCAGAGAUGGGAUGAAAGUGAGGUCACUAUUCUACCCGAAUAUCUGCGCAUGCUGUAUAUCAAAACCCUUAGCAACUUCAAAGAGUUUGAGGAUAUUUUGGAACCAAACAAGAAGUACCGCAUGGCUUACACAAAAGAGGCAUACAAGUUGUGCUCCCAAAAUUACCUCCAGGAAGCCAUCUGGUCCAGCCAGAAGUACCAGCCAAGCUUCAAGGAACAUGAGGAGUUGUCAAUCAUGACGUCAGGUCUGCCAAUGCUUACGAUCUUGACAUUGGUGGGCUAUGGUGAUGAGGCAACCCAGGAGGUGUUCGAAUGGGUAAGCAGUGUUCCUGAAAUGGUCCGCGCUGGUUCACAGGUCACUCGCUUCCUCAACGAUUUGUCUUCUUACAAGUUGGGGAAGAACAAAAAGGAUAUGCCUGGCUCUGUGGAGACCUACAUGGUAGAGAACGGCAUAACCGGGGAAGAGGCUGCGGCGGCAAUCGCAGCACUUCUAGAGAAUAGGUGGAGAAUAUUAAACCAAACAGGCAUGGAUAUAGAUCACACACUAUUGCCAGCGGCGCAGGUGGUGGUCAACAUGGCGAGGGCAAAUGAGAUCAUUUACCUCCACGGAAGGGACGCCUACACCUACGGUGCUGACCUUAAGGACCUUGUCACCACACUAUUCCUCAAGGAAGUGCCUCUCUAG